CCUCAAGAACUUGUGCCAGGUGCGCGUACAUGGCCUAGUCAUGAAAUCGCACCGUCCUUAAAUAUUAAAUCGCAGGCCGUCCUUUACUCUCAAUGUCAGAAUAUUGGGUGUCCCGCAAACGUCACCACUGUAAGUAUUGUAAUAUCUAUAUCGCAGACGAUGUUCCAUCCAGGCAACACCACGAGAAUGGAGUCCGUCACAAAGGCAAUGUCGAACGGUUUGUACGCGGGCUGUACAAGGCUGGCGAGAAAUCUGUAAAGGAUAGGGACGAAGAGACGCGUGAGAUGGAGAGGAUUAACAAAGCCGCGACCGCCGCAUAUGCUCAAGACGUAGGUGCUGGACUUGGGGGGGUCGGGCCGUCCUCACGUGGUGCUCCUGUUGCAGCACCUGCGCAAAAGAAGCUUCAAACAAAUCCAUAUGCUAACUACUCGACGCCUGCAUCGCUAGGAUACGCUGAUCCUGAUGCGGAGCGGGCUAAGGCAGCGGCGGAUAUCAGUCGAACGAUGGGCUCCGCAGGAGACUGGCAAUAUGUCCAGAAUCAUACAUCGGGAUUUCCUGCACGGAAUGAGGUUCCAAGCGUCAAGGGUAACAAGAAACGUGAAGCCCCGGUGGAUGAUAUCGAGGGUGGGCAUAUUUUCAAGCUGAGGAAGAAGACGGUUAGUAUAGGAUUGGGGGAGUUGUAUGACCCGGGAGUUAUCAAGGUGAAAGUGAAGACGGAGUUUAUGGUACCGCAGCCUGCUCCGUCGAAGACUCUUUGAUUGAUACCAUCUCGUCCUUUGCUAUGUUAAUUACCGUGUUUCUCAUCGAUCGUGUUUGUUUCAAGAUGAGGAUACUACCUUUCACUGUUUCGUGGUCUCCGCUCAUACUUCCCAUCCGCGCUAGGACGCGAUUCGUUGGAAUUCCUGUUAUAGGCUUUGGAGUAUUCGGUGCCUGGACAUAGGGAGGACGGGGUCACAUUGCCUGCAAGUGUACUGAGGGCAAUAGGGUUGACGGAGCUUCAGCAGAAGGCCGCACGCAUACCAAAGGACCUCUGGAAGCCGUCAUAUCAGAAUGCCG